GUUCCCUGUAGUCCCACCCCUUCAUAGUUGACAGCUAACAGCAACGAGAUCUUCUUUCCCAAAGUUGCUUCAAGGUGGGUCCCUGUCUGUGAUUAUCUCAUCUCCUCCAUCACAUCAACAUGAGUGAUACUUGGCAAGAGUGUAUGGACCACUGUGUGGAGGUCACCAAAACGGCUGGGAAGAUGAUCCGUGACGCUCUCCAAAAGGACAUUGCCAUCAUGCAGAAGAGCUCGCCGGUUGACCUGGUGACCGAAACGGACCAGAAAGUGGAGCAGCUCAUUAUAUCGUCCAUCAAGGAGAAGUACCCCACACACAGCUUUAUCGGUGAGGAGUCUGUCGCAGCGGGUUCAACAAGUGUUCUGACUGACAAUCCCACUUGGAUCAUAGACCCCAUCGAUGGCACCACUAACUUUGUUCACAGGUUCCCAUUUGUGUCUGUAUCAAUUGGCUUCACUGUGAAGAAAGAGAUUGAAUUUGGCAUCGUCUAUAGCUGCAUUGAGGACAAAAUGUACACGGCAAGGAAAGGAAAGGGAGCAUUCUGCAAUGGAGUCCAAAUCAAAGUAUCUGGACAAGAGGAUAUCAGCAAGUCUCUGGUCCUGACAGAAAUGGGCUUCAAGAGCGAUCCUGAGAAAUUCAAAACCAUGCUGGGCAACAUCAGUACCAUCCUCAGCAUCCCUGUACAUGGAAUCCGAUCCCCGGGCAGUGCGGCUGUCAACAUGUGUUUGGUAGCGUGUGGCGCGGCUGACGCAUACUACCACAUGGGCAUCCACUGCUGGGACAUGGCCGGAGGGGCAGCAGUCGUUACCGAAGCUGGGGGAGUCAUCAUAGACAUUUCAGGUGGACCGUUUGAUCUGAUGUCCCGGAGGCUGAUCGUGGCGAGCAGCAGGGUGAUAGCAGAGCGCCUUGUGAAGGAAAUAACCGAGUUUGACGUCGGCAGAGACGACACUGAGCACAAGUAAACGUCCACAAACUCCUCUCAGCUGCUUCGUAUUCUCAGGUCAGGAUUCUGUCAUUGCCUUAACCACUUAAAUAAUCAACUUACCUCUUUAAAACGAGUUGAGUUCGACUCUUAAAUACUCCACAUUCACAUUUUCAUCCUUCUGCUUUUGUUAAAUGUGCACGGUAAUGCUAGUAUUUGAGACAAGAAAGAUGUAUUAAAGUAAUCUGAGUGUUGUUUUUAUUUUCCUUAAUCACAUAGCAGUCUUUAUUAUUUAUUAUUAUAAAAUGUAUAUUUAGGUGAGUGUGUAUGAUGCAGCAAAUACAUCGAUACAGCACCACUAACUCAUGAAAAAGUUUGGGACGAAUGUGUUCAGAUUUUGACCAAUCAUUUUGAUAUCUGAUCUUAUGUGAUGGUAUGUUUUACAUGUUGAUAGUUACAUUCAAUAUACAGUGCCAUCACUAGUUUGCACUAAAGCUCAUACAAGAAUAUGUACACCAACAUUUAAAUACUGUACUGUAAAAAGUCGUUCCAGACAGAAAUGGACUGAUGUGUUCUUAGAAAUGUGUGCAGUUUGUUCAAAUAUGUUCAUAUCGUAAGAAUUUAAAGAAAGCAGCAAAUAAUAAAAAAAACAAAACACUUCA